AGAAGUAUUAGAUCAUACCAGACAAACAGACAUAAAGAGCACCAAAAAUGCAGGCAGCCAUUUGCAUUGCACCAACCAUUCUCCCAUUAACCCCAUCCACAUCCAAAACCCAACCAUCUCCAAAACCAAAGCUAAAGGUAGGCCACCUUGGCUCAUCGUCCCGCAGUUUCUCCGUCAAAGCAUCCACUGCUACCUAUGAGGCUUCCACGGUUGAUUACAGCUCCACGAUCUCUGUUUUCCCAGCGGAAGCAUGUGACACAAUUGGGGGAGAAGCCUGCUUGGCACAAAUGUAUCCUGAAGUAAGGCUGGAGGAGUCAAACAACUCUAGCAGGAGCCAGAGGAAUAAUAAUAUUGAUGCUGAACCAUAUGACAGAGAAUAUAUAGAGUACAAUGAUGCAAAAACGGUUUUAAAAGGAGAGGCCUGUGAUAUUCUGGGUGGAGAAUUCUGUGGGCGUCAGUAUCAGAGGGGAGUCUACUAGGACGAGGACUAUGAUCAAUUCUCCUUUAUAUAUAGACCUACUUAAAUUGCUUUUGUAAUUCAGCUCGAUUCCCUGAUGGAUGAAUAUACACCAUAUAUAUAUGUUUAACAGAAAGCCCUUAUCUGUCUCAAAAGCUUCUCAAUAAUUACUUUUCCACAAA